AUGGCCUCCAUUUCUUUCGGCGUCAACAGACGGGUCGAGUGUGGUGCGUGCUGGGAAGACGUCGAGGAACAAGACUCUAUCACAACGCUCUGCGGCGAACUCUACUGCGCCUUCUGCCUCCGCGCAUGGUUCUUCGACGUGGUGAGGGCAGUUGAUUUCACAGACUUCCCCCCAAAGUGCUGCGUCAAGCACCGAGAUGCCCUGUUCCCACUGAACCCAGACGGGCCCAUGGAGAUCAUCCUCGCAGAAGAUGUUGCUAGCAUCCUUGGCCGGGACCUGGUCGACGCCUACCGCGCAAAGUAUGAGGAGUGGAAAACCCCCGACAAGACGUACUGUUCCGGCUGCGGCAAAUUCGUCCCCGAGCGACAUAUCGCGUCGGAUGCGGCUCGCUGCCCGGUUUUUGGACACGAAACCUGCGCGAGAUGCAAGGCGGAUAAGCAUCCCGGCGACUGUCAGCCCGAUGAAGAGAAGAACAAAGUCGAAGAACUGGCCAAGGAGCAGGCCUGGUCGAAGUGCCGCUUCUGCGGGCAGGUGGUGGAGCGUGUCGAGGGUUGUUAUCAUAUGAUCUGCCGCUGCGGUCACGAGUUUUGCUACCUCUGUGGCAAAACCUGGCCAACGUGUCCCUGCCCCGGCCGGCGCUCCAGAACUAGAACGCGUUCUUGGAGGAGCACUAGACAUCACAAGGUCGCCGGGCGGGACAGUUGUCUCACUCGAGUACCGAUGGAAGGCCAUUCUUGA